CGCCACUGCCGCCGCAACGGCACUACGGCAGUCGCCCGUCAGCAUUCAAACGAGUAUCACGCGCGUGUUGUUCGCCGCGCGUCCGCAGCUCGUCGCGAGUUGUGUACGUUAUUACGUUCUCUUUGGCCGCGGGUUUUAUCGUUCGUUAUUAUUAAUUUUAUUUUUACAUUUUUAAAGCGUCCGUUUAUUUUUCAAUCAAGAUUUUUGUGUCGAGUGCCUUUGACGACGUUUUUCACUGUCGCCGUUAAAUUUUUGUUUUUUUACGACAUUUUUUCUAUUCGGUUUUUGUAACCAGUGCGCGCACCAGUUACCACCUUCUUCAUGGGACUGGUCAAAAAAAUGGAAUGGCUAAAGUGGAUACGAAAAUAUUCUACAGGUAUCCUGGACACGAAAACUGGUAGCAUGGAAACGCUAAUUGAUUCGGCCAGUUCGAAAACCAUCAAUUACGCUUAUACCUCCUCGGUAAUUGCUGACGAUGAAUUCAUUAACGCCGCCGCACCCCCACACCAGCGUCCGAUGUUGCCGCCGCCACCACCUACUUCACAAGCUUCGCCAUCACCGCCUCAGCAACCUAGUGAUGUAUACGAUUGCUGCGUAUCGCUGGACGGAAUACCCAUCAAACACGAGUUUCAGUACACCUUCUCUGACACCGACGGUCAUGGAAAAAUCACCAAACACGAUGUCGAAGGACUGGCUACAAAAAUUCUCGAGUCUAUGUAUGGUACGACGUUGAAAUUCUCAUCGCGCGGCCAGCGAACCGUCAAAGUGACGCUUAACAUCAGACAAUCGGUCGCGGUAGUCGUGGACGGCACGACGACUGGUACGCCGUACCGAGGUCACCAGAGCAGCCGCGAGCGUAAGACCAAAUCGUCGACGGAUAGACAUCAUCGUAGCAGGACGGAUGCGGUCGAAUCUGGAGUAUUCGAUGAUGCGACACUGUUGGAACAGUCAGGUUAUCCUUCGGUUUACGACGGUGUCAAAGGGUCCUGGCUGCCGCAUCACAGGAGUGCCAAGCUGGGGGCACAGCGUUACAGGCGUGAACAACUGAUCGAAAUGGUACAAAGAAGUCUGGCGGAAAACUUGAGUUUUCAAAAUCAAAGAAAAUCCAAUAAGCCGGAGGUCGUUUACCACAGGCCGCGGACGAAGCGUCGCCAGACCGGAGCUCAACCGGCCAAGGUGGCGUGGAGCCCGUACGACUUCGAACCGGUUGCAUACAUCCCUUCGCACCAACACCAUCACCUCCAGCAGCAGCACCGACAGUACGAGCGCCUCAAGAACGUCAGGAGCCAGCAGCAGCAGUUGUACAGUAACGGUGUGACGGCCGAGGAGCACGCGGUCAAGUAUUCGUCGAGUCACUCCCGACAACACCACCGAGCCACCGCGGUAGUCAGCGGCAGCAACCUGCAACAGUCGAAGGACUCGGCCGCGGCGGCCACCACCACCACUGCAGCCGCGACUGCCGCCCAGGAGCAGACAAAAAACAUCGAUCAUCAGCGCUACAAGCGUGCCAAAUUAGCGUCCAAGAAGAUCCAUCAUCACAUACACGAACACCAUCAUUAUCAUCACUACGACUAUUAUAUCGUUUAGAUGUGAGACAAACAGUGUGUGUGUGUGUACGCGCGAGAGAGAAAUAGAACAACAAAAUAGAACUGUUUAAUUAUUUUUCAUCAUGUAUAUUAUCACAACAUUAUUAUUAUAUAAUACACAUUAUGUUAGUGUUUUUACGAGCAUGUUUGCGCUGCACUGGACCGACCGGAUCGGCGACAUCGACAGAAAGCUUCUUUUCCUGCCAUAACACCAUAUAUACCUAAAUUCCUUUAAUCCCUAUCCAAUCAUCAUCAAAUCACAACAAUACAAACAUAUCCAUUAAAACAUUCAAGUUUGGUUGUACGCCCUGCUCGUCUGCGUAUAUAUAUAUAUAUAAAUCAUAUAUACACGCACAGUGCCAACUAUAAUUUAUUAUUAUCAUUAUUAUUAUUAUUAUUAUUAUUAUUAUUAUUAUAUUAUUAUUUUUUUUUAACGCAUUUGUUUGAUAAUAUGCUCCUAUAUUAGGAUUUUGAUUGUGAUAUGUGUGUGCAGUAAAGUUUGAUUUGUGCGAGUAUAUGUGUAUUGUUCAAAUAUUAUUAUAUUUUCUUUGAUCUAUGCGUACACGGAUUUUUUACCGUUACUAAUUGUCUUCCACAAAACAAACCAACAUCAUGUGAUCAAACUUUGAGCCACACAUACAUAAUUAUCUGAAGUAUUUGUGAAUGUGUUUAACAGCCCAAGUUCCUCUUUUUGUAUGUGUACUAUUUUUAUUGUAUUUUUUUUUUAUAAGAUAUAAGUUUUUAAACAACAUUGUAAAGAACGUUAAAUUAAUAUUAUGCGAACAAAGACUAAACAUUUCUUUUCACAUACCGUAGUACAAUACCCGUAGUCGCUGCAACACCUGCCGCAGUGCUGCAGUAUUUUUAAAAAGAUUUUUUUUUAAACUAUUAACGUCUUAACGAUUAUAAUAUUAUCAACUGUGUAUAGGUAUGCUAUAAAAUAUGAUAUUAUUCUCUGGCUGUGCACUCGCUAGAAUUUAAUAUUGCUAAUAUACGAAUUGUAAAAAAAAACAUACGAAAUUUCAAUGUGACUUGUGUAAAUUUUGACUGUCAUUUAUAUUAUAAUGUUCACUGUUCAACAAUAAUAUAUUAUACUAUAAAAUAAA